GAGUGGCAAGGAAGGGAAGGACAGACAGCCCAGUCACUAGGCCCUGCCUGUCGCUUUUGCAGCUCUUCCGAGACCAGGCGCUGCUGAGAGCCUAAAAGGAUCGGGGAGCCCUAGACUCGCCUAUUCCCCUUCACUUCACAAACAGCUCGGCAGCAGAAAACGCGCGAUCCGCGCUCACCAGGGAUGAGUUCCCCGGGCUUCCGCCCGGGAGGAAACGCCCUGUGAUGUCAUCCGGCCGCGCCGCGCCUUCGCCUUGCGUGCUGCUCACCCUCGGCGCCACCAAGGAAGAUCGGUCGGUGCCAUGGCUGCCGCGAACACUUGGCAGCCGGUGUCGGCGCCAAACGCCGCCGGGCUACUGCUGGACCGUUUCCUAGCUUCGGGUGUGGUCACUCAGGAGAUGUUAAAUGUAUCUAAGAAAUCAGCUUCUUGCUUCGUGAACUUCUCAAGACUACAUCAGAUCACAAAUAUUCAAGCUGAAAUCUACCAGAAAAACUUGGAUAUUGAGCUCCUAAAACUAGAAAAAGAUACAGCAGAUGUUGUUCAUCCUUUCUUUUUAGAUCAGAAGUGUCAUACCCUGCAAAGCAUGAACAAUCAUUUGGAAGCAGUGCUAAAAGAGAAGAGGUCCCUCAGGCAGAGACUAAUGAAACCCAUAUGCCAGGAAAACUUGCCUAUUGAAGCUGCUUAUCACAGAUACAUGGUAUAUUUGCUGGAGUUGGCAGUGACUUUCAUUGAGAGAUUAGAAACCCAUCUUGAAACUAUUAGAAAUAUUCCUCAUUUAGAUGCAAAUCUAAAGAACAUGAGCAAAGCUUUAGCAAAAAUGGAUAUUUUGGUGACUGAGACAGAAGAACUGGCAGAGAAUAUACUCAAGUGGCGAGAACAACAAAAGGAAGUUUCCUCUUGUAUCCCAAAAAUAUUAGCUGAAGAAAAUUAUCUUCAUAAACAUGACAUUAUAAUGCCUCCUUUACCUUUAAAUUCUAAAGUUAAUGUCCAAACUAUUAAUAGCAAGUGACCAUCAACUGUUUAUUUUUGCUUAAUUAUAUGUAGUCAUGAAGUCCAUUUCUAAUUGAUUGGACUUGGAUAAUCAUAGGCUCUGCCACUAGCAGUACUGAAAGAGCCACCUUAUAUUAGAGUACCAGCCCUCCAGAUUCAUUAAGACCAAACUGAGUUGUCCUUUGUUUUUCAUAUAUUCAUUCUACUUGACAGUAAAACUAGUGAGGAUCAAAAAUCGACAUGACAAGUUAUUGACAUAGUUGUGUUAGCCAUUUCUUAAGCAGCGGUUUCUCUAUUAAAAUGCCUUUUAAAAAAAUGCAUGUUUCUGAAUUGGAAGAGUUUUCUUGAAUCUGAAAUGGUCUAUAUUGAUUAUUCCUGUGGGGUUGUCAGUAAAUGUGCAGAAAAGAGUUAACAUAGCAGGCCUGACUACUGACCUUUUAAACGCCUGCUUUUUAGGUUGGCCUUUGACUGGCAUCUGAGAAUUUAGAUUUCAGGAGGGUUCCCACAAUCCUAACUAAGAGUGGCUCACUAAGCCUAAGCUGUUUGUACAAACAAUGUGGUUUAUGCUGAACAUAUGUUUCCUUCUGUGAGUCUGAAUUUUGUUAUGUGAUAGGCAGAGGAUGCCAACAUGACUAGCCUUCUAAUAAAAACCCAGGGCACUGAGUCUCCAGUGAGCUUGCUUGGUUUAGAUAACAUUUCCCAUAUGUUGUGUUGUCACAAUUAAGUUGAGGGGGGAAUUAAACAUGUCCUGUAUGAUCCACGGGAGAGAACUCGGGAAACUUGUGGUUGAUUCCCCCAGCUUCUGCCCAUGUGCCUUUUCCCCUUGUUGAUUUUGCUUUGUAUCCCUUCACUAUAAUAAAUCGUAUUCAUGAAUAUGACUAUAUGCAGAGUUCUGUGAGUCCUCCUAGUGAAUUAGAACCUAGAAGUGGUCUUUGGAACCCCAGAUACGUUAAGCAAUUCUUAGGGUGUCCACUUGCAGCUUAGGAUUAGGCAGAGAAGAAAGGUAGAGCAAAGCAAAGAAAAAGGCACAGUAUAAAACUUUAGAGGCUGACUUAACAAAAUGGUCAGAUAUUUUACCUAGUCUAAGAUUGUUGUGUAUAUGGUAGGAAGUGGUAUAAUGAUAAUUGCCUUAGGAUAUAAUUGCCUUAGGAUAUACUCAUUUGUGUCAAUAUUCUAACUACCCUGGCUUAUUGUAUUUUUAGACUUGGGGUUCUGUUUUGUUUAAAAUGUGCAUCGGUAUAUUUAUGCUGUCACAUUCUCUGUCACAGCAGUUCACUGAUCCUUGUGUUUAUUGCACUCCUCAAAAUAAGAAGACCUAGAACACAGUAUGGUAAAUAGUUGUCUAUAAGGAAAUAUGAUUAUUAUUUUUAAAACUUCUGGUAAAACAAUCAGGGACCAUGUUUUGAAACCUACUUUGUUGAUUUUUCAAAUGGGAUAUAGAAGAUUGGUCAUGAUAUUCUGAACAUUACCUAGACACUUAAGAAAAGCCUUCAGUUGUAUUUCUUCAGAAAUCUGUUCAAGCCUAGCCUUGGUUUCAAAACAUCUCACUUUGCUUUUUCUUAAUGUGAUUUUUUUAUAUUAGUUUUUAUACGUGUAUUAUAUAAGUAUAUAAUGUCAUAAAUACUGAUACAUCUGUCUGUUUUGUUUUCUGUCUAUUAUGUCUUUAUCAAAAUAAAAAAAUAAACCUGUAAUUUCUUACUAAAAUUUUGUUGGCCUUGUCUGAAUCCUGAGUGAUAGAAAGGAAAGAUUCCCUAUUUAGUUUAUACAAUUAAAGUAUGACAUAUAGGCUAUCUGAUACUUA